CGCGCGUGCGCGUUCUCAAUGAUCUCGCCAUACAAAACAAAGCUCUGCGCCGCUUUCAUUCGGGCUUUUUACAGACCACAGGCUGCAUCUGCAUGUCGACUGAGAAGAAAAUCCUCCGGGGGGAGGAAAAUGGAUUUACAGCGAGUCGAAUAAACCUCUCAUAGCUCAAAAAAUAGCAACGAUAACCCGUCAGGAGGUCGUUGUUUGUGGUCGGAUCCUGCUUUGUCUAUUUACUGUUUGAAGAAGCGUCUGGGGGGGAAAUAAGAGGUCGCCAUGUUGUUACCAAAAGGGCUUCAGUGAAGAAGGUGGACAUUGAAAGUGUAGAGGGAGUAAUAUCCUUUUAUUUUCCCUCUCCUUCUUUCUCCAUCGUGGUCUCGCCGUUUUGCUGUUUGUCCUCGGCGACAUGGCGGAGCAAAGCUACUCCUGGGCGUACUCCCUCGUCGACUCCAGCCAGGUGUCCACCUUCCUCAUUUCCAUCCUCCUCAUUGUCUAUGGCAGCUUCAGGUCGUUAAACAUGGACUGUGAGAACCAGGACAAGGACAAGGAUGGAAAUCCCACAGCCACCAGCUCUUUCAACAACACCAACUCCAACAACAGUAUUCAGACCAUUGACUCUACACAGGCCCUGUUCCUCCCAAUUGGAGCGUCUGUCUCGCUCCUCGUCAUGUUCUUCUUCUUCGAUUCGGUCCAGGUGGUCUUCACCAUCUGCACUGCAGUUCUGGCCACUAUAGCGUUUGCGUUCCUGCUGUUGCCGAUGUGCCAGUAUCUGACGCGACCCUGCUCCCCACAGAACAAGAUUUCAUUUGGCUGCUGUGGCCGUUUCACGUUGGCCGAGUUGCUCUCCUUCUCCCUCUCGGUCAUGCUAGUCCUCAUCUGGGUGCUCACAGGACACUGGCUCCUCAUGGACGCACUGGCGAUGGGUCUGUGCGUGGCAAUGAUUGCCUUUGUGAGAUUGCCCAGUCUGAAGGUGUCCUGCCUGCUCCUGUCUGGUCUGCUCAUCUACGAUGUCUUCUGGGUCUUCUUCUCAGCCUACAUCUUUAACAGUAAUGUGAUGGUGAAGGUGGCGACGCAGCCAGCCGAUAACCCGCUGGACGUCAUCUCCCGUAAGCUGCACCUGGGCAGCAACAUGGGCCGUGAUGUGCCCCGCCUUUCGCUCCCAGGCAAGCUGGUGUUCCCGAGCUCCACGGGGAGCCACUUCUCCAUGCUGGGCAUCGGUGACAUCGUCAUGCCCGGACUGCUGCUCUGCUUCGUACUGCGCUACGACAACUACAAAAAGCAGGCGAGCGGCGAGGCCCCGAGCCCCGCCAACAUGUCUGGGCGCAUGCAGCGCGUCUCCUACUUCCACUGCACCCUCAUCGGCUACUUCGUGGGUCUGUUGACCGCGACCGUGGCGUCUCGGAUUCACCGUGCCGCUCAGCCCGCUCUGCUCUACCUGGUGCCCUUCACCCUGCUGCCUCUGCUCACCAUGGCCUACCUGAAGGGCGAUCUGCGGCGUAUGUGGUCCGAGCCUUUCCACACCAAGUCCAGCAGCUCCCGGUUCAUGGACGUAUGAUGGCCAGGGGCGAGACGGGCGGCGUUCGAUUCAACUCAUCCUCCACACACACAGAGAGAGGGAGAGCAGGAACGCAGGAGGGAGGAGUCGCACUCGUCUUCUCAUCUCCUCAUCCGACGGUCAGAUGGAGAGCAGCUCGACUUCACUGCCAGAUGGAUUCUGCUCAGCACAUUCACUCACCUCCUCUUUUUAUUACCUCUUCUUUCCUUCCCCCCCUCUCUCUCUCUUCUCCCUCCCCCCCCAUUGGACUGAGAGGCCACGCCACUCCUUCAUAGACUUGUCUUUACGGGACACAGGCGGUGCUCGUUGAGCUCCAUGUGAUUUUUUUUUUUCUUUUUUUUUUUUUUUCUAAUCAGCGUCAUUAUUAUGGAUUUUCAGAAUGUUUUUUUUUUUCUCUCGUUUUGUUUUUGAACCACGGACAAGAUCCUGAGAAAAUCUCAGCUUAGGACAGUGACGACCCUGAGGGGACCAACACACACUUAGACACGCGCACGCACACACAAGGCCACAGACACUUUCCUUCUCUCUCUCUCUCUCUCUCUCUCUCUCUCUCCCCCCAGCCCCUCUCCUUCCCCAUUACAGAUAUGUGUAUUUUAUUUAGAAAGAUUUUAUUCUUGACAUAUACAGAAAUGACGCAUUAUGAAAAUGGGUGUGUCCUUACUUUGAGAAGGCCACGCCCCUCUAUGUAUAUAUGUGUACACAUGUAUUAGGGUUAUCAUGUUGGGGUGAAAGUGUGUGUGUGUGUUUGAGGUUUUUUUUUUUUUCCUCCGUGCUUUUCCCCUUUGUUGCUUUUUAGGCAGGUUUGUAGUCGGGUUGGCAGAAAAUACAGCUUUGUGGAGAUUUUUUUUUUUUUUUUUUCUUCCUUCUUUCCCCCUCCAACUCUGAAAGUUGCACAAUGUCCACUUUUUACAGCCAUGUUCCCUCGUUUAAAGAAAUAGUUUGGUGAAAUUCGGACCAGUUCUUACCCCGAACGCGUCUUUGGAGGUCUGAAAUUUGCUCCAUUUUAUUUUCCGAGGUAACGGAAGACCAAGGACAGGAUUCUGAUGGUCUGAGACGGUGUGUUUAAGAUUUGUUCAUGUGUAUAGAUUACAGCAAGUCUCGCCCCGCCCUCAUCUGCCAAAUUCUCCAGUCAGAAGCUCGAUCGUUAAUCAAAAAGCAGUUCCGGUUUUAACCUAAAAUAACGGGUUUGUUAUAAACGCGCUCGUUUACUUGUAUGAGUGACAUGUUGCGUAACCUUAAGUAAGUGUGUUUUCACACACGCAGUGUUUCGUCUAUUCGAUUCGAACCCUGGUGCGUUUUUCUCUUUAGUCCGUUUCCGAUCUCGCAGCAUCUCGCACGUGUGAUCCGUUUCUCUGCUUCUGAUCCGACUCUAUCGCGGUUUGAACUCGAAUCGAUCCAACAACAGGAAGUGAUAUAUUUUUUUGUUUGUUUUUUAUCCCCCCCUCCCUCCUGUCGAUGUGAACUGCUAAAAUGAGUCGUGAGCCGAGGCGAAGGACCGAGCUGUAGCGCUGCGGAAAUGCGAUUGCGUUCUGGAAAUUCCGACUGGGAAAACGAACCACGGAGACGACGCACAAACUGGUUUUAAACUACUUGGAGUAGUAAUAUAUAUUAAGUGCGGCUCUGUGUUCGGAAUACUCACUUUUUUUUUUGAGUUUUGUGAGCUCGAUCCGCACCACAAGGUAAAAUUCUGUUUAAUUUCUCGUGACUAUAUUUAAAGAACGAGAGAGAUCUUUUACAUGUGCGUUUUCCAGCCUUACUGAUACGCAUUGCUGUUUAAUUCACUAAAUCUCGUGCAGCGAGACGAGAAAACGAACCGAACCGAUCCAAAGUGUCACCUUUCACUCUGAAAUGGAUUAAUACUAGAAGAGAAAGUGAGUCUAAUAAUAAAUUGCCUUAUUAUUUAAUAAAGAAAAGAAGCUUGUACUUGUUUGCUAAAACGUUUUCCAUCUCGAUGUUUGUUUGUGGAAGAUUUUAUGGAAGGAGUCUGCAGUGUCACUGCUUUGUAACAAUCAGUAAAUCUCCAGGAAAGGACUGUUGUGCUUUUCUGUGUAAUAUAAGCUAUGUGUUUGUUUGUUGCUUUGUCUUUAACUUGAAAGAGGGAAGGACUGUUUAUAGCUGCUAUAACGUCAGAGAGAGCAGGAACUCAUGGUUGUUCUAGAACAUGAAAUAUAAAAGGUUUAAAAAAAAAAAAAAAAAGACAUGCUACUCAUUAAUGAAUUUAAAAAAUAAACGAGAAGGGGGGAGUAUCCCACCUCCCAGUGUGGAUUAUGUGCCCAGAACAGCACAGUCUGGAGUGUGCGAUGAAUUACGUUUGCAUAUUCACGUCAAAUACAACACUACAAUGGCUUCGUGGUUCAACAGCUAACUUUUCACCAAACUAUUCCUUUAAGCUGUAGGUAACUAGCAGGAGGGGUUGAAGGGGUGUGUGUGUGUGUGUGUGUGUGUGUUUGACUGAACUGAAUGUAUGGCAUUACCUCUUGUUAAGUCUGGUUCAGAUGGUGCUCUGACGGUCAGCAGCUCAGCACUGAUUACAGUCGUCAUUACGAAGCGCUGGGACUCGUAGGCAUGUGCCAAUAUUCUCCUGAAAAUUUUUCUUUGAGACGACGCCUUCAAAUCUGCCUGGAAUAAGAACGAUAACAAUUUCUGUGUUAAAUAUCGCAAUAUAUUGUACAAGUGAUAACUGGCACAUGCCUGGGGGCUUCUGUUGGAAAUCUCCCUUUGUUUUAGUAUUUUCAUGAUGGUUAUUCGCCCCAAGAGACUGGAAUCGUGUGUGUGUGUGUGAGAGAGAGAGAGAAUGCAGUUUGCCGGUUUGUCUGUCAGUCGUUUUGAGUUCUGGUCCUUUUUUUCAUUUUUUGUUUGUGUGUGUGUUUUGUUUGUUUUCCCCCUACCCUCUACUUGUUACCCAUUUCAUUAUUUUUAAAUCUGCGAGUUGUCUGGCCUGGCAUGUGACGUGUCCAGUGUGUCGUCGUUCAGGAAGCUCACGACAGCACUGCGACACUCGCUCACACGCAGGGUGAGUUCAACGAACGAACCAGAGAACCAUUGCACAACGUAAACACAAGCGCUCGGGCUGCGAAGAUCCUCUGAGGGUUGGGACGCCUCGGGCCCUGAAUCUCCGACAGGGAUGGGGACCUCGACCUCACAGACGCCGGGCAGAGAACGUUUUCCUGACCACAGCGCAUUCGGAGCGUCGCAGACGUCGACUUGCUUCCCCACAAUCCCCUUCCUGAUCCCUCCUUAUGGACAUGAAACUCUAAAUCAUUGACUGAACAUUUUUCAAAAGGGUUUCUUUUUUUUAAGACAAGAUUCACCUUUCUUUCUCUUUUUUCUUUUUUUGUUUUAUCCCCUUAUUUGUAUUUUUCUUAGGGUUUUUUUUGUUGUUUGUUUGUUUUUGGUGUAAUUUUUUUUUUAAUAUACUUUUCCCCCCUCUUCACUCCCUGCUAGCAGAGUGCACUGGGCUCUGUUGGUACAUUUAUGUUACGGCCAAAAGGAUUCUGUAUAAAAGCAGAUUGAAAAAAAUAAAUUAAGAACUGUGUAGUGACCUGUGGAUCCUGAUGCGCUGUACCUAAAAGUUUUCAUCUCCUCCUUUAACCUGCUCCCCUUCAUCCGGUCAGGAUUCUGCUGUAAAUAAAUGUGACUCUAACUGUA